AUGUCAUAGACAUCGGUUAGGAAUUCAAGCGAUGUAAAAGAGAUUUCUAACAUCAGUUCUUGGAAAUCCGAUUUCUAUUUGUAUAAUUAACAUCAGUUAUCAUUUUUGACCGAUGUCUGUGUUUUUUUACAAAAUUUUGAGAAAGCGCGGAAACGACUAAGGAUGAGGCGGGGGAACAAAAUUUCAUUUGCCUCCAACACCGAGUCAGCUUCCCACGCGACAAUUCUCUCUCAAACCCUAGACACCAUGGCACCCGACGAACACCCGUCCUCCUCUUCCUCAUCCUCCACCUCCGACCAGCACCCGACUGCUCUCUGCUGCAUCCACCGCCUCCACUCUCCUCCUUCUCUGCCUUCGCCUCCGCUAUCCUCCUCCUCCUCUUCCUUUGGCACACCUGUUCUCUCAUCUCUCUUCUCAAAUUCACCAGAUCUGCCAAAGACGCAGUCCACGCCGGAGCUCCGCCUUGCCCCUCCUCCUUCUCUUUUCUCCUUUCACCCGACGAGAACUAGAAAGAGAACGGGAAGCUCUCAAGGCCUCAAUCAUCUUCUCCAGGGGUCUUUAUCGAGCUUAUUCAGCAGAUGCAAGGUGCGCAGGUAUGGGUUUCUUUGAUGCCUCUCUUUAUGGUCCUUUUCAUGCUGGGGAUAAUUUGUUGAUUGUCCAAUGGUCAUGUGAGGACACAAUAGAAUUCAAAGAUGCAUCUGCAAGUGUAAUUUCAGGCUAACCUUUCUUCUUCU